CCACCGCGUGGUACGGUUGUGUUAUUUUUUCCCUUCUCCUUCCACAAUGAGCUCCCCGCCUUUCAAGAGUCCUUUUGGAAGGCCUUGGAUGGGCUAUUCCGGUGGUGCUGCAUCUGCUACCGGAAGUGGAAACAAAGGACUGAAGGGAAUCAUUGCAGGCGGCAUCACGGGUGGGAUCGAGAUCUGCAUCACAUUCCCCACUGAGUACGUGAAGACUCAGCUGCAGCUGGACGAGAAGAGCGGCACGGCGGCCAAGAAAUACGAUGGCAUCGUCGACUGCGUCAAGAAAACUGUCAAAACCAACGGCGUGCGAGGACUCUAUAGAGGUCUUUCUGUGCUGCUUUAUGGGUCUAUACCUAAAAGUGCAGUCAGAUUCGGGGCGUUCGAGGAGCUGAAGAAGCGCAACGUGGACGCCUCAGGUAACCUGACGGCGAGCAAGCGACUGUUGUGCGGCCUGGGCGCCGGAGUAUCGGAGGCCAUCCUCGCAGUCACGCCCAUGGAGACCGUCAAAGUCAAGUUUAUUAACGACCAGCGGUCGGCCAACCCCAGGUUCAGGGGGUUCGCUCACGGCGUCUCGUGCAUCAUCAAGGAGAGCGGUUUUCGGGGAGUUUACCAGGGGGUGACGGCGACCAUCAUAAAGCAGGGCAGCAACCAGGCGAUCCGCUUCUACGUGAUGGAGACCUUGAAGGAUUGGUACAGAGGAGGCGACCCUGACAAGAAGGUUCCCAAGCUCGUUGUGGGAAUGUUCGGCGGGCUGGCGGGGGCGGCGUCGGUGUACGGCAACACGCCCGUGGACGUCGUGAAGACCCGCAUGCAGGGCCUCGAGGCGAGCAAGUACAAGAACACGCUCGACUGCGCCGUACAAAUAUGGAAGAAUGAGGGACCAAGAGCGUUCUACAAAGGCACCGUGCCGCGACUGAGCAGAGUUUGUCUGGACGUAGCGAUAACCUUCAUGAUCUACGACUCCUUCAUGGACCUCUUCAACACUGUCUGGAAGUAGAGCGUGGAGCCUUCCUAGUGGCUGUGUAUUAUUCUUAUGCAGGACCAAGUCAACUCGAUGUGAACUGAUCAAGUGAACAUUACCAUGCAUUUCCUAUGUAACAUUCCAAUACCUGCUGCACUGAAUCCUAUAUUCGUGAUGAAUGAUACGUGCCAUAUUUCGACAAUAUUUUUCAUGCAGCUGUCAUCGUCCUAGACAGGAAUCCAUGAUGUGCCAGUGCAUUGGUUGCUGAUCAGUUCACUUAUCAUGCUAGGAAAUAAUGUAUGAUGACAACCCUAGAGCUGUUGCAAUUACUAUAUCAUAUCAUAUAUUGUUACUAAAAUAAUUAAAAUGGGUGCUAGUUUGGUCUUGAGUAAUGAAACAGUUUGAUCAUUUUAAACGCUUAGUUUAUAAUCUGUUGUUAAUGGAACGGUUAAAUAGUUUGAGGCUUAAGUUCAUUAAAUUACUUCGUUCUUCGGCUAAAAAUAUCGAUGUAAUUUGAUAUCGUCAGCUGGCGUCCUUGGUCUUAGCUUAUCUUUUAGUUGUAAUUUUGAUUUUUGCUCAAAUUAUUUGUGUAAUUAAUGCCUUUAAUAGUAGGAUAACGUUCCACGUUAAUCGGCCAACUUUUAUGAAGACAUCAGCGAAUUGCUGACGAUACUACUUUUUGCUGGUAUUCCAAAGCUGAUAGCACGUUUUUUCGAAUAUGUUUAUCUCCAACUUUCACUGUAGCUGCGACCUCAUUCUUGAUGUUACUUUUUUUUAAUAUGAUGAAUGCGCAAGAAUUUCUUUAGUUUUUGGAGACAUUUUUUAAUUGAUUUUGUUGGUUACCUCUGAUGUUCUUUGCGAUGAUCCACGCGAGUAUUGAAUGAAAAGAUUUUCCGAGACCAGUUUCUCAGGGAUUAAAAGCUGCAUUGUCCAUUGAACGCUCUCUAGCUCUUCCACUUAGCCACAAGAUGACUAUUCUUCCAACGUAUUUUUGAGCUCGGAUGGAUUCCUAAUAUGAUAUUAUCACACUAUUGUAUAAUAUUGAAGAACCAAUGCAUGAGAAAUAUCAGAAUUAAUGCACCGUAUCACGAAAGCUAGAAAUGCUGCCAAUUUCUCCAGAGCUUUAAUGAAGUUUGAGGCAAUUCCCACGACAUGGUAGUUGUUGCUAUCACUUUGUUCUGAAUGCAAGCAAUCAAUGUCCAGGGUAUAUGUGAAGCACAUAUGGUACGAUGACUUGUAUGGUUUUUACAACGGCUUUACAAAGCCAGACAGAUUUAUUACCACAUUUUCUGCAGCAUUCACGUUGACAAUUUCUUGACUGUUUUUAAAGACUCACACGUAGCUUAUCUUUGGAACGUCUUCUCCGGACUUCGCUUUUCUAAGAUUAUCGUGUAUAACCAGCGUGAUGUACAAGUCAGCAAAAAGCAUUUAUGACCAUUGAUAGGCAUCAUUAUUCUAAGAGAAGGUGUCAAAGUUACCGGAAAAUUUUGCACAAUUCGCUUUCUGUGGUAUUGAAUUUAUUUUAUGGCCUGAACUGUUAGGGUAGCUAAAAUAUUCGGUUUCUCCUUAUUUUUAUGUACAUUUUCUUCACUUUUUUAUUAGUGCAGGGCCUGGCAUUUAGUUUGCGAAGAUGUGCCUGGUGCCUAUUGUUAAUUGCAGGACUUCAGAAGCCUUCUAUAUUCUGCCAUUGUAAACAUUAUCUUGCCUACAUUACUCAAGAGUCCGGUUGUGUCUGGAGAUACCGUACUCGUUGUAGAGCAUGGGAUGUGUGUCGCGUUUUGUUAUGCUUCACAUUCCGGACAUGAUUUUAUUUAGGCCUGCAUUUAUAGGCUUAGAGUAUUGGAGGAAACUUCUGUGUCAUGGCUAGAGAUGGAAGCCCAAAUAGCGUGCACGUUUACAAUGUAUUUUAUGCGAAUUCUAUUUUCUGUAAUUUAACCGGCAAUGUAAGCUUUGUUACUGAAAGCUAGUGUCAUGUAGAAAAUAGAUAAUAUAUUUGAAGGAUUACAUUUUGUAUAUAUAUUUUGUAUGCACGUAGAGGAAUGAAUAAACAUAUUCAGUAUUUCAAAA